CACUUUUCUGCGCGUUUGAAAGAGGAAGUAUAGGACUGUAAGAGCCAACAUGAGUGAAGAAGAGUUUCUCAGAGUCGUCAAAACCCAUCCACUUCAGACUAUCCAGGAUUACCUGACACAACAAGGUGUCAACAUCAACUACUGUGAUGAGUUCUCCAACACUGCUCUCCACUAUGCAGCCCACAAUAGGAGCAGGGAAGUGGCCCGUUUGCUGGUCUGCAGUGGGGGGAAUAUACUACACGAAAAUAUGGAUGGACUCACUCCUAUUCAUUUUGCUGCCUUUGGCGGAAACAUAGAGGUCCUUACAGAGCUGCUGCUGAAGGUGCCGGAGGCUGUCAAUCUUCAGAGCCAUAAGAAUCUCUCCACCCCUCUUCACGAGGCUGUGUCAGGGAAGAUAGUGCAGGCUGUUGAAUGUCUGUUGUCCAAAGGCGCGGACUGCAAUUCUCAGAACCAGAAUGGUGACACUCCACUCCAUCUUGCGGUCUCUCAGAAUUCCGAACACAUCUGUUGUUUACUUCUGCGACACGGAGCCAAUGUACUGCUGAGGAAUAAGAGAGGGGACACCUGUCUGCACUCUGCAGCUGCCAGAGGGGCGCUGUCCAUCUGUCAGAUGCUGGUUCGGAAUGGGGCUUCCAUGCAGGCAAAAAACAAAAAUUCUGAGACAGCUCUUUUCAGUGCUGUGAGGGGCACAGGUAAUAAGAACGGAGAUGAUUACUGUGAAUUGCUCAGCUGGAUGGUAGAAGAGUUGGGUCCAUGUUUAUUAUACAGGAACAAGGAUGGGCUGAGAGUGUUAGAUGUGGCCAGACAGAGUAAUCUUCCUUCCAAGUCUGAAGUUCUGCUCCAGCAAAAAACUCAGGAGCUGCAGAUCAGGGAUCUCCUGAAGGAGAGUAAACCAAUUGAUCGACGAGUGGCAAAGCUGUGCAUUUGUGGACACUCUGGAGUAGGAAAGACUACACUUGCAAAGACACUGCAGCAGCAGCAGGAUGGAUUUCUAUCCAAGUUCCAGUACUGGUUUAGCAGACCAGAUCCACCUUCUUCUACCCAGGGUGUUGCCAUUACCGAGGGUAACCUUUCAGCAGGGAAAGUGGUGAUCUGGGACUUUGCUGGACAGAUGGAGUAUUACUUCACACACUCCCUGCUGUUGUCAACAGAGAGUGGGAAUGUUCUUUACUGCAUUGUCUUCAGCCUGGAGAACAUUCAGUGUGACAAGGGUGGCACUCAGUCUGAAGCUCUGAAGCAGGUGUUGUAUUGGCUGCGGUUUCUAAAUGUCUGCAGGAACAGCGGUGUUGCACACAAAGCCAAGGUGUUCCUUGUCGGCAGUCACAAGGAUACACUGGAAAUUGAGUGCAAAGACGAAGUUGUGAACCAUUUCUUUGAUAUUGUGCAGAGCCGUGUGAGAGAACUGGGCACUAACCUGGAUAUUGACACAACAGUGCUGAGUGUGAACUGUAAAUCUCCCAGUGAUCUGCAGACACUCAGAAAGAGGUUGGAGGAGUGUGUGGCACAGCUACAGCAGAGUACAACAGACACCAAAUUUCCUGGAAUAUGCUGUGAAGUUUUGGAUGAAAUCCAUACCAUCAGAUGUAAUGGUAGUGUAAAGUACUUGCUGUGGGGUGAUUUCUUUGCUUCCAUCAACAAGAACAGGUUUGAAAAAAUUAGUGUUGAAACACUGAGGACUGCUGUGGAAUACCUUCAUAAUGUUUCAGAGUUGCUUUUUUUCCCCACUGUUACUGUGGAUGGACCAACACAGUCUGCUGAAUCUGGGACAGGCAAUGGCUUGGUCAUUCUUGAUGUCCAGUGGUUAUGCCAGGACAUCUUUGGCAAGUUUGGCCAUUUUGCUCUCUCCACACUACCAUUGCAGCGAGAGAAAUGGACCACUGAAAACAUAGCAUCCUUAUUAAAUCUCGAAGAUUCUCCAAGCACGGUCUUGAGGUUACUUGAAAUCCUGGAGCUAGUCUUCAGCGAAAAGGAAGGGCAAUACAUAGUCCCGGCAUGGCUUAAUAAAGGGAGGCCUGCGAACAUAUGGGAGAGAGAGGAAGUCUUUAAUGUCUACCAUGGAGUGUCCUUUGGGUGGCAGAGUGAGUUGGGCCUCUUCUCCCAGGCUUUCUUCUGCAGACUUCAGCUGAGGCUGAUGAAGCUUUUCACUCAGACCACAGAGGACGGGGCCUCAGCCGAAAAGUUCAUCAUUUGGACAGAUGGGAUGAAGUGCAUCGACACCGCGGAGGCUCUUGUGCAGGUAUCUGCUGGCCGCGGAUCCAUCAACAUAGCAGUCAGAGGCUACAAACCUCAGAGGAGUGGGAGCAGGUAUCCAGACACUCGCCGAAAGUGUUACGAGUUGCAGAACGUGAUUUCCUGUCAAGUGCAGCACUUGCUGCAGGAGUUCAAGGUGGGUAGUGAAUGUGAGAUGCUGUUCUUGAGCUCCAAGGACCUACUGGACAAGAUGGAUGCAUCUGAUGUUGACAUAACAGCUUAUACAAAAGAUGAAAUCUUACUGAGCGCGCGGAGUGGGAGGAACCUUUAUUCAAAACUUAAAGGCAGGGAGGAAUACCUCCAUGAUGUGUUGUUAGCUGGGUAUGACCAAACCAUCCUUCAGAGCUUGAAGUGGGAGGCUACCAUCCAGUGGAUGACGGCCGAGUGCACCGAGAAACUCUGUGCCCUUCUAGAUCCUGUGCACCCCCUUGGGAAUUAUUGGAAGCGCCUCAUGGAGGCUCUCGAGGACUGUACAUAUGAAAAUGUCGAGGCUUUGGCCACACAGUCUGAGCAGGCAUGGGUAUCACCCACUCUUCUUUUGUUUCAGAAGCAUUGCCACACAACAAUAUACAGCUUGUAUAAAGCCUUUGAGAAACUAGAAAGAGAAGACUGUAUGAGCCAUGUUGAAAUAAUGCUUAAUAACAUACGCUAGGCUCAACUAGGUACAAGCACACUCUGCAAUAGAAGACUGUCAAACCAGUGCAAAACCGUAAAUCUCACUUCCAUAGCACUGAGAAACACUACUUGUUGCAUAAGUAAUGAAUUGUCAUAAAUGAAAGAAUAUCAAGGAAAAGCUCUUUACUGUUCAAAAUAUCUGAAUAUUAUUUGAAGAUUAGCGUAGAGGAUUAUUUGUUACAAAAAUAUUUUAUUUUUCUAAAAUAGGAAUACCUCUCGGAUCAAAUAUUAGAUAUAUUUCUUAUGUAUACUUGUGCACAAUUUCUUUUAAAUCUCAUUGAGGUCAGUUUUCUAAUUCAAAUUAAUAUUGUGCACACUCCAAACUAUACAUUCUUGUACAAAUAUAUCUACAUAUUAUGAAGUACAGUAUAAUGUAAUUUUGUCUGUUGGGAGAAAUAUGAUUUCAGUUUUAAUCUCUAUAGAAGGCAGUAAAGUCCAAAUUUACAUUUAGUCUUUGUUUUAAGAUGAGUGAGCUAAAAUAAUUACUUUUUUCUUCUUAACAGAUUUAAAUAAUCUCUCAUUGAAAUGCACUUUUUAUUUAAUGUAAGGCAUGUGUGAUCUUACCUUGAUAGUUUAAGGAAUCCGGUGCUUAAACAUUCUGCAUUACAGCUUUUAAAACAUUUGAUCUUACAAACUUUAUCUGUACUGAGAUAAUAAUAUACGACCUUGUCCAUGGCAGUCUUGCGACUCAUCUAGAUAUUUCACACCCUCGAGAUGAGUUAUUGUACCCCACUCAACUGCAGUGCCACUCCCACUCUCACUCAACCUCUCAGGAAGACUUAACGCCUUUUACAAGUCUUGAGAAUGCCCUUUUAAUCAAAGAACAGAAUGUGUUAAGGCUAUUCAAAAAGCAAAACUGUAAAAAGGCAGCAGGACCUGACUGUGUAUCUCCAGCCACACUAAAACACUGUGCUGGCCAACUUAUUCCAGUCUUUACAGAUAUUUUCAGUCAAUCAUUGUCCCAGUGCACAGUGCCAGACUGUUUCAAAUCUUCUGUUAUUUUUCCUGUUCCAAAAAAGGGCAAAAUAACCUGCCUUAAUGACUAUGGACCCGUCGCACUAACUUUUGUACUUUUUGAGACAUCUCAAGAAGCAUGGCGUUGCGCAAUCUAUUCUCAUACAGUUCUACAGAGCCAUUAUUGAAAGUGUGAUUACUUCUUCUAUCAUCAACUGGUUUGGCUCUGCUACUACACAGUCCAAUAAACAACUGCGGCGUAUUAUCAAGUGUGCUGAGAAAGUGAUUGGCUGCAAUCUUCCAUCCCUCACCGUGCUUUACAAACCUAGAGCAGUGAAUCGGGCAACCAAGAUUAUUGCAGAUCCCUCCCACCCCUAGUCAUCAUUUAUUUCAAAAGCUUCCCUCCGGAAAAUGUUUUAAAGCAAUCAAAACUAAAACCAACAGACACCUGGAUAGUUUCUUUCCCAAUGCCAUAUCCUUGCUUAACCAGCAUCCUCCUCCAACAACUCCCUGUUUCAGCUGAAAAAACUUUGAACUAUUAUUACUGCUUAGUUCAUACAUCUUGUAUAUCUUGCGCUUAAGAACUGGUGCGUCAUUCCUAACGUUUACAUAGUUGCACCUUACUCCACAGACAGUACUGUCGCACAUGGUCUGAACUUGCCAUGUGUUUUGCAUAUACUAUAAUGUCUAUUGUUUAUAUAUUUUCACUGUACUGUAAAAUGUGAGUGUGCCUGUGUCUUAUAUAUAUAGUGUAUUGUCUACAUGUUCCGUACCGUGAGCACAUAUUAUGACGGUGUUGUGACACCCCCAUCUUUUGUAUAUUGUCCAAUGUAACUAUGUCUGUAAUGCUAAUGCUCCUUUUGCAGCUGGGUUUUGUGGUGAGCAGGUUCCAAAUGUACCCAUGCAAAUUCCUGUACCUGACACAUACUGGCCAAUAAAAGCGAUUCUGAUUCUAAUGUUUUUUAUAACUUUAGCUUUAGUACAACAUUUGUACAUUUGUACUGUAUGUACCAACCUUUGUUCCUUGGUGCACUAACCUUCUCACUAGUACAUUGAAGUCCAAAUUAUCACUUGUUGACAUUUGUAGUAAUUACACAACACAUCAUACACAGUUGAAUUGAUAAUUAUCCAGUUAUAAAGAAAAAGAUGGGGAUUAUUGGAGGCCAUGAUUGGUAAUGGCCAGGAUAUAAUUGGGCCUGGACACCAUAGUAACACCCUUACUCUUUGAGAAAUGCCAAGGUAUUUUAAUGACCAUGGAGAGUCAGGACCUCUGUUUUACUUUAGCUUCAUUGGUUUACCAGUAGUGAGUUCAGGAUGAUAUAGCUCCUGGUUUAAAGACCAAGAGUUAUCAUUUUGUUUUUCAACUGUUUAAAAACAUUCUUUAUAUGCAAUUUUACCAGAUCACUGAUUAUUAUAUAUUUGAAAGUUGAAAAAGUCAGUAUACCGAAGAACAAAUGCUAACCUAUAAAUACUUUUUGGAAUUCUUUAUAUGGGUCAACAGUACAUUAAGCUUAAGAACUCCAGUGUGUUUCUCCUUUGUAUGAAUGAGUUAUAACGGUUUAUAAUAUUAAUGAUAGAUAUAGAUAAAUAGAUUAUUCAUAAACUGCUGUAAAAGACACCUAAAGUGUUAAAGCAUCAGUGCUAUGUUUCAGUUUAUUUGGAGUAUGAGCCUUAUAAUUAAAUCUCUUAGAUCUGUUGGUCUUUUAAAACCACUCUUGGUGCCUCUCAAAAAGAUGAGAAAUAUUUUCUCCACUGAAUGAAUAUUUCAGUGCUCAUUUAAAACCUUUCAGAAUUGCUCAGCAAGUGUAUGACAUUAAAUCGUAAACACUGUUGAAAACAUCUUUUUGUGCUACAGUAACAUUAGAUUCAUAUUUUCAAACUGCCAUAACCACUGCUGAAUCGAUCCAAAUAUUUUUAAAACCUCUUUGCAAGAAGUGCUUUUUUAGAUUAGUCAUCAUCUUUUUUUUUUUUCGGUCCUUUUGAUUUACAAAAAUGGACUGCUGCAGUUAGUCACAUUUAUUUGAAGGCAGUGGAUCAUAACUGUUGGAUGACACCACAUUUGUGUUAUCUGUAAGUUAAGGCCUAAAGAUUCUGUGAUUGCACAUAUCUAGAUUGCUGUCACUUUUUCCUUUGUUUGUCACAUACUUGAAGUAAAUUGAUUAAUGUUUGCAAUGAAGGUCCAUUAGAAAACAAUAAAAAGAUGUAUGAUCCUG